AUGUCUGUGGAACUGAACAGCAAAACAGCUGAGGUUAAGAGAGACAGCUGUACUCUGAUGGCUCCUGAUGACAGAUCAAAAUAUGGAUGGCUACCUCAAAUUCCAGUCUGGUGGAUUGGAGCUGCUGCAGUGUGUCUGGGAUUUCUACUGCUGCUGGUGAUUUUAGGCUUGGUGGCCCAGAAUGGCCGUGCUAUCAGUCAUUGGAAAAAGCUUCAAGUUGGUCUGAUGGAGUGUGAAAACCUGGUUUAUAAUCUGACAAAAGACAGAGAUGCUCUGAGGGAUGAACGAGACCAGCUGAAGAGAAAUUCCAGCAGCCUGAAAAAAGAAUUAGACGUGCUACAGAGCCAAUACAAGGCUGUGGCUGCAAGUCGAGACAAACUACAAGAAGACGUCAGAAGGUUAAAUCACAGCAAAACAGAGAGAAUUUGCUACCAGGGAUGGAUAAAGUUCAACAACAAGUGCUACUAUGCCUCUGAUAAAGGAGCAGCUAAAACCUGGGAAGAAAGCAGAAAAGACUGUCUACAGAGAAGAGCUGAUCUGGUGAUUAUAACCACAAAAGAUGAGCUGGUUUUUGUUUCCAAAUUUUACUCCAGAACCUGGAUUGGUCUGUCUGACAUGCAGCAAGAGAACAAGUGGCGGUGGGUGGAUGGGUCUGACCUAGAAGGUAGGGGAUUCUGGCAAAGUGGGGAGCCCAAUAAUGUGGGAAAUGAGGAUUGUGUGGAGCUCUCAAAUCCAAAUGGGGAAUGGAAUGACAUGCCAUGUGAAAAUGAAAUACCAUGGAUGUGUGAGGAUUAA